AUGCCGAAGCACAGAUGCGCAUUUAACGAUGACUUGGAAAAGAAAUUCCCCGCCUUCCGUCCCGGUCGAGACAAGUGGGAGGCCCUGUGCAUUGAGAGGAUGCUUCAGAUGUAUCCUGCUUUAAAGGCAUUCUUCAUGUCUCAGCAAAAGCCACCCAUGGCAAUCAAGAAGUUUUUUGACAACAAAUUCAGUGAGAUCUACUUGUGGCACAUGCACUCACUCAUGUCUGUGUUCCACAACCACAUUCAACAAAUGGAAAAGGAGAAUAAUUCCAUCAUGGAGGGACUACUGGCAGAAAAUCGCAAAGAUGGACUUGGUGAGGGCUGUGACAAGUUCAGUGCUGAUGUGCUUGAAAUGUACAGUGCAUCUCUGGAGUAUCUGGAGAAGAGGAUGACUCCCUUGGAAGAGUUCUCAACAUUUAUGUGGAUGGAUAUGAGUGAGCCACCAAACUGGAAUGAUGUGGAGGCCUGCAUCAAGUACCUUAGAGAGAAGGGGGUGCCAAUUGAUGAUGUUAAAGCAGACAUGGAGUGGAGGGUCAAAUCGAACCCGAAGUGGCACCAUAACGCGCUUUGGUUUUCCAUCCUCGUGGCGCUGGCUCUGCUCCACGCGACCAAAUCGGACAUAACUUGCAGGUCGUGUCAAUCCGGACAUAUGUGGCGACCUAAGGAAUUACUGGUGCGUUUUGACUCGAGCGGAGAAGUUUUGGCACGGAGCGGCAGAAGCGCGGAAACACCUGCCCAAAGUGUCCAUUGCGCGAGCGGCGAAUGCGCGAAGAAGCGGAAUACAGGCAAGCCGCUGCUGGAGUUUAGCGGAGAGAAAGUUGCAAAUGCUGAUUUUAAAGUGAGCGGGACCAAAGGAGAGAUGGAAGAUUCGGACAGCGGGACAGGACGCAGAGUGAGACGGUCGGAGCUGCGCUGGAGCGGAGAGGAACGCAGAGGCGCAGCGGUGCCGAGGCAAGACGAGCUCAAACUGAACAGCUCUACCUUCGCCCUGUCCGGAGACUCCUCACACAACCAGGCCAUGGUCCACUGGUCCGGGCAGAACAGCAGCGUGAUUCUGAUGCUGACCAAAUUAUUCGACUUCAACCUCAACAGCGUGACCGAGAGCUCACUGUGGAGGUCCACUGACUACGGGGCCACGUACCAGAAGCUCAAUGACAAAGUGGGAGCCAAGACCAUCCUCAGCUACCUCUACGUGAGCCCCAACAACAAGAGGAAGAUCAUGUUGCUGACCGACCCGGAGGUGGAGAGCAGUUUGCUUAUCAGCUCAGACGAAGGAGCCACGUACCAGAAAUACAGACUGAGCUUCUACAUCCUGAGUCUGCUCUUCCACCCCGAGCAGGAGGACUGGAUCCUGGCCUACAGCCACGACCAGAAGUUGUACAGCUCGGUGGAGUUUGGACGGAGGUGGCAGCUCGUGCACGAAAGAGUGGCCCCCAAUCGAUUCUACUGGUCCAAAAUGGGUUUGGACAAAGAGGCCGGCCUAAUUCACCUGGAAACCAGCAUCUCUGACGGACAAGCGCUGUACGUCACCUGUCGACUCCAGAACUGUACCGAGGCCAAUAAGGGCAAGCCAUUCCCCGGAUUCAUCGACCCCAAUUCUCUGGUGGUGCAGGACGAGUAUGUGUUUGUGCAGGUUUCGACUACCGGGAGGCCAAUCUACUACGUGUCAGCGAAAAGAGACGUGUUCACCCCAAUGAAACUGCCCAAGUACACGCUGCCCAAGGAGCUCCAUGUGAUCAGCACAGAUGAUAACCGUGUGGUGGCAGCGGUGCAGGAGUGGAACCAGAAUGAGACGUACAACUUAUAUGUGUCAGAUACUUCUGGCGUCUUCUACUCUCUGGCCCUGGAGAACGUGGUCAGCAGCAUGGGCAUCGAGGGCAACGUCAUGGUGGACCUGUACGAGGUGGCUGGAAUCAAAGGCAUGUUUUUAGCCAACAAAAGGAUGGACAACCAGGUGAAGACGUACAUCACCUACAACCGCGGGCGAGACUGGAGGCUCCUGCAGGCGCCCAGCAAAGACCUGCGCGGAAACAACAUCCACUGUGCACUGCCUUAUUGCUCGUUACAUCUCCAUCUGCAUGUUUCGGCAAAUCCCUACACAUCUGGAAACAUCGCGAGCAAAGAGUCAGCGCCGGGACUCAUCAUUGCAUCAGGAUCUAUCGGGGGAGAGCUGACGACCACAAACGUCACUGUGUUCAUCACGUCAGAUGCAGGCAACACAUGGAGACAGAUCUUCACUGAGGAGUACGCGCUGCUGUUUCUCAACCAAGGAGGAGCCCUAGUCGCCAUAAGGCACACUCCGCAGUCCAUCCGACACCUGUGGCUGAGUGUGGACGAAGGGAGACAGUGGAACAAGUACAGCUUCACAAACACGCCGCUGUUUGUGGACGGGGUGCUGGGUGAGCCCGGAGAGGAGACGCUUAUCAUGACGAUUUUCGGCCACGUCAGUCACCGCUCUGAGUGGCAGCUGGUGAAAAUCGACUUCAGGUCCAUCUUCAACAGGAGGUGCAGUGAGACAGACUAUCAGACCUGGCAUCUCCACAACCAGGGAGAGCCGUGCCUGAUGGGAGCCAAGAGGAUCUACAGGAAGCUGAAGCCGAUGUCCCGCUGUGUGAUGGGCCAGAGUUUUGCAUUGUCUAUGUCAUCUGCUCCGUGUGACUGCACCGAGGCUGACUUUGAGUGUGAUUAUGGCUUUGAGCGUCGGACCAGUGGGAAGUGUGCUCCAGCCUUUUGGUUCCACCUGUCCUCCAUGUCCAGGAGCUGUACCACAGGGAUGACUUUCCUCAACAGCACUGGCUACAGAAAAGUAGUCUCUAAUAACUGCACUGCGGGGGUGAGCGUGCAUUACACAGCCCGGAGGCAGCCAUGCCCCGUCCAGGCACCCAAAGGCCUGCACCUGGUCACCAGCGAGGGCACCCACACUGCCAUCCUCGGAGCCAACGUCACCUUCCUCGUGUUUCUGGAGGAGGGCGAUGGGGCGCGGACCAGUAUCACUUUGGACUUUGGAGAUGGACACGCUGUGACUUACUCCAAUGUGAGCUCUAUCGAGGAGGGCAUCAGACACAUCUACAGAGCUGUGGGCAUCUACAGAGUAACAGCCACCGGCGAGAACAGUCUGGGCUCUGAGACUGCAGUCCUCUACCUCCAUGUCAACUGUCAGCUGGAGUAUAUCCAUCUCUCGGCUCCCUUUGUGGCUGUGAGGAAUAAGGAGGUGAACCUGACUGCAGUGCUGUGGCCAAGCCAAGUGGGAACAGUCACCUACAUCUGGUGGAUAGGAAAUAACACUGAGCAGCCCCUGAUCACUCUAGAGGGCAGUGUGGCGUGCACGUUCUCCCGGGAAGGAUCCAACUCUGUGACCGUGCAGGUGUCAGCGGGGAAUGCCAUAAUGCAGGACAGGAAAACCAUCGCGGUGCAUGACUAUUUCCGAUCUCAUCUUCUUGCCUUUUCAUCAAACCUGGAUGAACACAACCCUGACGUAGCCGAGUGGAGACUGGAUGUUAGCAGAGUCAUCAAGAACGCCCUGAUCCAGGCCACAGGAGUGAGAGAGGAGCAGCUCCUGGUCACAGUACUUCCUGGUUUACCCACAGCCGCAGAGUUCUUCUUGCUGCCUGACAAACUGAUCACAGAGGGCAAGCCUGACAAGAGCGCAGUGCAUUUAGAUCAGCUGUCAGAAGUUUUGCUCAGCGCCUUGAAUCAAAACUUGGUGCAGUUCACUUUGAGACCAGGAGUCCAGGUGACGGUGUAUGCAGCACACUUAUCAGCAGCGCCCCUUGUGGACACGAGCGAGAACCACAGUGGCUCUGCAAUGCUAAUGCUCCUAUCGGUAGUGGUCGCGGGUUUAGCUGUAUUUGUCAUCUACAAAUUCAAAAGGAAGAUCCCAGGCCUCAACGUCUAUGCGCAGAUGCAGAACGAAAAAGAACAAGAAAUGAUGAGUCCAGCCAAUCCAAACGAGGCCACGCCCCCUUCACAGCGGGACCGCGGGCCCUCUUUGGAGAUACUGGACACAGAAUUCAACUCGCGACCCAUCGGAUGUAUGAAACCUCAUGUCCAUCAUGUGAAGUUUUCCACAGAGCUCCCCACGUACAUCGUCUGAUCACGGACUGGAUUCUCCGCUCCAGCGUUGUCAUGGAUAUUUUUUUAACAUUUCGGGACUCAAAGGUUUGGAGCUUUACACCUGU